AUGAUAGCUUCUGCACAGCUGGGUUUCAACCUGCAGCCUCUUCUGGAACAACUCAACCAGGAUGAGUUGAGCAAAUUCAAGUCUCUGCUAAGGACCCUUUCCCCGCAAGAUGAGUUACAGCACAUCCCCCAGACAGAGGUAGAAGAGGCCAAUGGGAAACAACUGGCAGAGAUUCUCACCAGCCAAGGCCCCCACAGCUGGGUAGAGACGGUAACUAUCCAGGUCUUGGACAAGAUGAAUCGGACAGAUCUGUCUAAAAGAGCAAAGGAUGAACUCCAAGAAGCUGCCUUGAAACCCUAUGAUAAACGGUCCCCAACAAGCUGAGUGUCAGAUGGCUCUUUAUAAACCUCUCCAUUUUAUUUUCCUUUCCUACUUAACACAAAGCACUUUCCUGCUGAUGAUUAACCAGCCCCAUCUGUCUACCUUCUGUCUCAUGUUACUGAAGGUGAACGGGAUGAACACAGAAGGGUAGUGAGGACAGUCUGGCAAAUGUGGAAGAAAAACUAUUGGCCGAAAGUCAGAUCCCAUGAAUUCACCCAGAGAUAUGAGAGGCUGAAAACUUUCUAUAACCCGGAGAUGCUCCCAGGGCCAUUUCCGCACACAGUGGUGCUGCAUGGCCCUGCGGGCUUUGGGAAGACCACACUAGCCAAGAAAUGGAUGCUCGAGUGGAGACAGGACAACCACCCUGAGACACUCAAGUUUGCCUUUUAUCUCAGCUGUAAGGAGAUGAACCGCCAGGGCACCUGCACUUUUGCAGAGCUGGUAUCUAAGACCAGGGUAGACGUGCAGGAAGCCGAGAUCCCAGACCAAGCCCAGAAUAUCCUGUUUGUCGUCGAUGGCUUUGAUGAGCUCAGGGUCCCCUCAGAGUCACUCAUCCAUGACAUUUGUUGUGACUGGAAGAAGCAGAAGCCAGUGCCCAUCCUGCUGGCCAGUUUGCUGAAGAGGAAACUGCUCCCCAAGGCCACGUUGCUGGUCACCACACGCCCAGGGGCCCUGAGGGAGCUCGGGCUCCUGACUGAGCAACCUGUCUUCAUAGAGGUGGAGGGGCUCUCAGAGCAGGGCAGGAGGGACUACUUCCUGAAGCACUUUGGGCAGGAGGACCAAGCCCUGCAAGCUUUCAAGGCCAUGAAGAGCAACCCGGCUUUGUUCCACAUGGGCUGCAUGCCUGCUGUGUGCUGGGUCACCUGCGCCUGCCUGAGCCAGCAGAUGAAGCAGGAACAAGACCUGGCCCUGACCUGCCAAACCACCACCUCGCUCUUCCUGCGUUUCCUGUGUGGCCAGUUCACACCCACCUCUGCCAGCUGCCCCCAAGGGCCCCUGCAAGCUGCACUGAGGUCAGUGUGUCUCCUGGCUGCUGAGGGCCUCUGGGAGCAGACGUCCAUGCUGGAUAGAGAAGAUCUCAGGAGUCUGGGGCUCAAGGAGUCUGACCUCCAGACUUUCCUAGACAAGAAAAUUGUCCAGGAGGACAUAGACUGUGAAGACUGCUACACCUUCAUCCACCUCAGUGUCCAGCAGCUUCUGGCUGCUGUGUUCUACAUUCUGGACAGUGAGAAGCAGAAAGAUGGGGGCAGCCGCAGGCCAAACAUAGGGAAUCUGCAGAUGCUGCUCUCCAAGGAAGAAAGACUGAAGAACCCCAACCUGACUCAUGUGGGCUACUUCUUAUUUGGCCUCUCCAAUGAGCAGAGAGCCAGGGAGCUGGAGAUGACCUUUGGCUGCCCAGUGUCCUCGGGGGUCAAGCAGGAGUUACUGAGGUCAUUGUCUGGUGAGAGUGAACCCUUCUCCUCGACCACGGAUGUGAAGGAGGUACUCUACUGUCUUUAUGAAUCUCAGGAUGAGCUGCUCGUGAAGGAGGCCACGGCUCAUGUCAGGGAAAUGUCCCUGCAUUUGCAAAGCAAAGUGGACCUUGUGCACUCAGCAUUCUGUCUCCAGCAUUGUCAGAACUUGCAGAAGGUUUCACUGCAGGUGGAGGAGGGGCUAUUCCUGGAGGAUGAGGGAACCUUGGAAUCACACGCCUGGGUGGAGAGGUCCCAGAAUGAUCCACAGGUACUGUCUUCGUGGAAGGACCUUUGUUCCAUGUUUGACUCAAACAAGGAUCUGAACUAUCUGGAUAUCAGUGAGAGUUUCCUCAGUGCCUCAUCAGUUAGGAUUCUUUGUGAAAAAAUUGUCUCUGCUGCCUGUAAUCUCCAGAAAGUGGUCCUCAGAAAUAUUUUCCCAGCAGAUGUUUAUCGGACUAUCUGCACCUGUUUUGGUGGUUACGAGACGCUAACACAUCUAACCCUCGAAGGAAAUGACCAUGAUGAUAUGCUUCCCACCCUGUGUGAGAUCUUGAGACACCCAAAAUGUAAUCUGCAAUAUCUCAGGUUGGUAUCUUGUUCUGCCACCUCUCAGCAAUGGGCUGAUCUCUCUUCCUCCCUGGAAACCAACCAGUCCCUCACAUGUUUGAACCUCACAGCAAGUGAGCUCCUGGAUGAGGGUGCCAAGUUGCUGUACUUGACUUUGAGAAACCCAAAGUGCUUUCUGCGGAGGUUGUCGUUGGAAAACAAUCACCUGACAGGAGCCUAUUUCAAGGAUCUCUCUUCUGCUUUGAUUGUCAACCUGAGGCUGACACACCUGUGCUUGGCCAAGAACGACCUUGGGGAUAGCGGGGUAAAACUUCUGUGUGAGGGCUUAAGUUACCUUGACUGUCAACUACGGACCUUGGUGCUUUACUACUGCAAUAUAACCUGUGAUGGCUGCAUUAAUCUCUCCAUGAUUCUGCAACAAAAUUCAAGCCUCACACACUUGGACUUGGGACUGAAUCACAUUGGAUUUAUCGGAAUGAAGUUUCUGUGUGAGGCUUUGAAGAAACCACUGUGUAACCUAAAAUGUCUUUGGUUACGGGGAUGUGCGAUCACCCCUUUUAGUUGUGUUGACCUCUCAUCUGCCCUUAGAAGCAACCAGAACCUUGUCACUCUGGACCUGAGCCAGAACUUUCUGGGGCACAGUGGAGUAAAGAUGCUGUAUGAUGUCCUGAAACUUCAGAGUUGCCCUCUCCAGAAGCUCAGGUUGAAGGUAGAUAAAUCUGAUGAUCGAACUCAGAAGCUGCUGAAUGAAAUCAAAGAGAGCAACCCAAAACUGACUAUUGAAAGAGACGAUCAAGAGCCCAGAAAUAGCAGGCCUUCUUCUCAUGACUUUAUCUUCUGA